AUGCGACGUCCUCCGGUGUUGUCUCCGUCUCUUAGCAAUCGUCGUCAUCAUCGCGGUGUAUUACGCCACGCUUUGUUAGCAUCUGCGUGGAGUGUACCUGCAGCUGUGAGUGCCGCCGCGCAGAAUUGCCGCAGUCUUUUGCCUAUCCCACUCUAUACAAACAAUAAUACUAAUAAUAAUAAUAAUAAUAAUAAUAAUAAUAAUAAUAAUAACACUAAUAAUAUUAUUAUGAACAACCUUAAUCGUAAUAAUAAUCAACAAGAUCAUCCUCAUGAAGAUGGUACUCCCUCUGACCUUGCUGGUGAGAUGUAUACAGGAACCAAGGUAAUUCAUUCACAUAGGACCUUUCUCCGUAAAGGUAGAGAAGCCUCUUCUUCUUCUUCUUCCUCUACUACUACUACUACUACUACUACUACUACUACUACUACUACUACUACUACUACUGAUACUACUGGUAUUCCUUCAGUGGAUGGAAGUCGUCGGGCGGAAUCACGUGAGGCGGGUGAAGAGUGGGAGGCAUCCACCGGUGUAGCGGCUCGCACAACUUCAUCGGGCAACAGUGCCCUGCAGGCAUUUCACCGCUGGUCGGAGAAAACAGGCAGUUGCACUCCACUGGAGUUUGUUCAGGGUGUACAGCAAUCAUACUAUGGAUUGGGGAUUGUGUUGAAUACACUCGCAGAGGCUGUACGGCCGCAAACUCCACAGGCGAAGUCUGUUCCUCUUAGUGGAGCCCUCACACAAUUAAAGAAUUUAUUGGUUAAACAAUACGGAGUUGCUCCUUCUGCUUUUAAUCAUGAGAUCAUUUCCUCCACUUCUACUUCUUCCUCUUCCUCCUCUACAGAUAAGAAGUCUGAUGGAAAAGAAGUGGAGGAGGUAAAUGCGGCCAAAGUGGUUUCUCAAGCCCUUACACAGGUAUUGCCUAUAUCUCCUAAUCUCGCAGAGGAACUUUAUUAUAUAUGGAAUAAACAACGAACGUUUGAAGCCAAUUUAUUUUGUGUUGCUGGACCUACAGAUUAUAUCUUAUCAACCAAUAUUGUUCUUUUUCAUGAAUGUCAUAAAGAAGAGGUACAUGUGGAUGGUGAAGGGCCUUUUAAAAUGGUGAAUGUUCCAUUUCCAUCUACACAAGGUCGACGCUCUCGUUCAAGAAUCUCUCGAGGGAAUUUUAGACAAGAAAUAAAGAAUAUUACUCAUACAAAUGUUAAUCUCGCAGAGGAGGUAAAAGAAUCCAUAAAGGAAGAAAUCUCUACUGGAAGUAAACCUUCUGUUACCUCUACUAAUACUACUGCUGCUGCUGCCAAGGAUAAUGAGGAUAAACAUAACGAUAAUGAUAGUACUCAUAAGAGUUCUAUAAAAGAAAAUGAAGAAGAGAAGCCAGUAAAAGAACAAACUGUUAUUACCUACAAGGGGAAACAAUUGACGCCAAUACCGGCUGAUGCCCUCGCAUGUGUAUUGGCCACUGUAGAUGUCGUAACUCCACCACAACGUUAUGCUCCUACUUUUGAUUGGUUUUAUAAACGUAUUACAGGAUAUGAGAAUGAGUAUGAGCGUAUCGCAGCAGCACGUAUUUUCGCCAUGUCUAAUGCUCAUCCCUUUGUGGUUCCUUUAGAUUUUCUCUUAUGGAUGUUUACUGGUCGUCAUGUGGAAUUUAUAUGUAAAAAUGGAAUUUCUGCACAGAUUGGUAUUCCAAAAAAUAUUGCUGAAUGUCCACCAGCGACACGUAAGAUGAUGUGCUUCUAUAUGGAUGCAAAUAGACGAUGGGUGCUUUCUGAUCUUCUCAUGGUAGAUAGCGUCCUGACGACUAUGGUCCCUAAGGAUGCUACGGCGUAG